UGAAGAAAAGAAAUAGGAUUGCUAGAAAGAAAAAAGAAAAAUAAAAAAAGAAAAAAAGAACCGAAGAGAUUUGAAGCGGAGUGGCCAAGGCCAUAAAAUCCGAAUACUACGCCUCCCAUAUCUCUCCACUUUCUUCUCCGCCGCUCAAUCUUCGUCCCUCUGAACUCCGCCGCACCACCCACCGCCCGCAAGUGGUGGCCAUCAAAUUCCCGCCCCCCUGGUUACCAUAUCUCCAUAAUUUUCUGAGGAGCGGACUGUGAUAUGAAUUGAGGGAUGAUGAAGUUUGCUGGAUGUUCUGUUACAGCUUCUUUGACUCCUGUUCACUCUGUCAUUCGGAAGAGCCAUCCCAGGCUUUCAUCAAGUAUAUUGCAAAAGAAGUUGUCUAAACCAAUUAGUUGGUCUUCUGGAAAUCAGAUACUUCGUCAAGGUCCAGAAGCAGAAAUGGUUGCUGGACGUUAUUCCCCUCCAUGGUUUAGUGUUGCUCCUAUGAUGGAAUGCACUGAUAAUCACUACAGAACUCUUGCUCGUUUAAUAUCAAAGCAUGCGUGGCUGUAUACCGAGAUGCUUGCUGCUGAAACAAUUGUUUACCAAAAAGAUAAUCUUGACAGGUUCUUAGCAUUUUCUCCAGAUCAACAUCCUAUUGUCCUGCAAAUUGGAGGAAACAAUUUGGAUAACAUUGCAAAAGCUAUUGAGCUUGCCAAUCCUUAUGGCUACGAUGAAAUUAAUUUGAACUGUGGAUGUCCAAGUCCAAAGGUGGCUGGACAUGGGUGCUUCGGUGUUCGCCUUAUGCUGGAUCCUAAGUUUGUUGGCGAAGCCAUGUCAGUAAUUGCUUCUAAGACUGACGCUCCUGUUAGCGUGAAAUGUCGAAUUGGCGUUGAUGACCACGAUUCAUAUAAUGAACUUUGUGAUUUUAUUUACAAAGUUUCUUCCUUGUCGCCAACUAAGCAUUUUGUAAUCCAUUCCCGUAAGGCACUGCUCAAUGGUAUCAGCCCAGCUGAAAAUCGAACUAUUCCUCCUUUGAAAUAUGAAUAUUUCUAUGCACUGAUGCGUGACUUUCCAGACUUGAGAUUCACAAUAAAUGGGGGCAUUAACACUGUUGAUGAGGCUAAUGCUGCUCUGAGACUAGGAGCUCAUGGUGUAAUGAUGGGCCGAGCUGCUUACCAGAACCCUUGGCGUACUUUAGGACAUGUAGACACUGCAAUUUAUGGUGCGCCUAGCAGUGGUAUCACACGUCGUCAGGUCCUUGAACAGUAUCAAGUAUAUGGGGAUUCUGUUUUGGGUAGAUAUGGAAAUAAGCCAAAUAUACGAGAUGUUGUGAAGCCAUUGCUUCACCUUUUCUACACAGAUCCUGGAAAUGGUCCGUGGAAGCGUAAAGCUGAUGCUGCUUUUCAGCAUUGCAAGACCAUCAAGUCAUUUUUCGAGGAAACACUUGUUGCCAUUCCAGAUUAUGUAUUGGAUGCUCCUGUAGCAGAACCUCCCUCUGGACGUGAAGAUCUUUUUGCCAAUACGCUUAGUUUGAUGCCUCCGCCAUAUGAAGAUAGAGAGCAAAAGGUAGUAUUAGAGGCUUAAUUUUGUAUCAUUGUUUAAACCUUGUAUAACAGAAGAAUUUCUACAUUUUUCACUUAUUCUUUGCAUAUUCGUUGAUGGGUAAUCAAAGAUAUUACCCUUGUAAACUGGUCAUUCUUCUUACUUGUCAGUAGAAAAGGUUUAUUAGAGGUUUUUGCUCUUUUCUUGUCUUGA